AUGACGAACGUGCGAAUCCCAUUCGAUCAGCGUCAGGCACUGGAUUUGGCUGGCGGCACGCCGGCUCCCUUCAGCGAUGAUCCGGCGAUUGUUGCUGAGCGUGAGACGAUCGACUAUUCCAAGAGGAUCACGAUGGAAAUGGCCAAGAAUGAUGAAGCGGGAAGGCCGAUUCGAAUUUAUGCGGAUGGCGUUUAUGAUUUGUUUCAUCACGGCCACGCCAAUCAGCUCAGACAGGCGAAAAGCAUGUUUCCGAGGGUCUACUUGAUUGCCGGCGUUUGCGGCGACGAGGGCACUCAUGUGAACAAAGGACGAACGGUGGUGCCGGAAGAAGAGCGAUUCGAAGCGGUCCGACAUUGCCGUUAUGUCGACGAGGUUUAUCGAAACUCGCCAUUCCAAAUUGGACUCGAUUUUGUGAAGGAAUUAAAGAUUGAUUUUGUUGCACAUGACGCGUUGCCGUAUGCUUGCCAAGGAGAGGACGACGUCUAUGCGCCAUUCAAAGAAGCUGGCAUGUUCCUUGAAACGAAACGAACCGACGGAGUCUCGACGAGCGACGUCGUCUGUCGAAUUGUCAAAGACUACGAUGUCUAUGUUCGUCGGAAUCUUCAACGCGGCUACACGCCAAAAGAAUUGAAUGUCGGCUUCCUUGCGGCGCGAAAAUACGAGAUUGAGAACGCGAUGGAUUCGGUGCGCGACACGUUGAGCUCGUGGAAGAGCAACUCCGACACUUUUAUUCGAAAAUUUCUGUCGACAUUUCAAAAUGAUGGAAAAAUGAGUAAGGCUUGCAAAAUUCUCGAACUCACCUUCACUGUAAUUAUUCCCAUAAAGAGGAACGGUGGGGCGAUGUUCGCCCAUGCUGCUUAG